CCUAUUCACAUUCUCAUUUCUUUAUUUAUUUUCUUUCCUCUCUCUCUACUUUCUCUCUCUUCUUUCUUUCUUUCAUUCAUUCAUGGAUUCACCUUCUCGCUCCUCCGUCAUCAUCAUCGGCGCUGGUGUCUCCGGUUUAUCGGCGGCCAAGGUGCUGGCCGAGAACGGAAUAGAGGACAUACUGAUACUAGAAGCGUCGGACCGAAUCGGCGGUAGAAUACGGAAGGAGAAUUUCGCUGGAGUGUCGGUCGAGCUUGGAGCCGGUUGGAUCGCCGGAGUCGGCGGUAAGGAGUCUAAUCCCGUUUGGGAACUCGCUAAUGAAUCAGGCCUCAGAACCUGCUUCUCCGAUUACAGUAAUGCUCGUUAUAACAUCUACGAUCGGAGCGGGAAGAUUUUUCCGAGUGGACUCGCUGCCGACUCGUACAAAAAGGCGGUUGACUCAGCUAUUCGUCAGCUUCGAAUACAGGAGGCGGAAUUUUGUGGUAGCGACGUCUCCAAUGCAACCGAACCGCCUUCAACGCCCAAAACACCGAUUGAGCUCGCCAUUGAUUUUAUCCUACACGACUUUGAGAUGGCAGAAGUCGAGCCCAUCUCUACUUAUACGGAUUUUGGAGAACGAGAAUUUUUAGUUGCGGAUGAAAGAGGUUAUGAACAUUUGCUAUACAAGAUGGCUGAAAAUUUUCUUUUCUCAUCUGGGGGCAAUAUUUUGGAUAGUCGUCUUAAACUCAACAAGGUUGUACGGGAAUUACGGCACUCGAGAAACGGCGUUACUGUGACAACGGAAGAUGGUUCCGUCUACGAUGCCAACUACGUAAUUUUGUCUGUUAGCAUUGGCGUUCUCCAAAGCGAUCUCAUUUCAUUCAGUCCACCCUUGCCCAGAUGGAAAACAGAGGCUAUUCAACAAUGUGAUGUGAUAGUGUACACUAAGAUAUUUCUCAAGUUUCCUGAUAAAUUCUGGCCCUGUGGACCCGGGAAAGAGUUCUUCAUCUAUGCCCAUGAACGCAGAGGCUACUACACUUUUUGGCAGCACAUGGAGAAUGCUUAUCCUGGGUCAAAUAUUUUGGUGGUGACGUUGACAAAUGAGGAAUCAAAGCGUGUAGAAUCUCAAUCUGAUGAAGAAACAUUGAAAGAAGCCAUGGAUGUCCUUAGGGAUAUGUUUGGCCCCAAUAUUCCUGAUGCUACUAAUAUUCUUGUUCCUCGCUGGUGGAACAACCGCUUUCAGCGCGGCAGCUAUAGUAACUACCCUCUCAUCACUAAUGACCAAGACUUCCGUGAUAUCAAGGCUCCGGUGGGACGCAUAUUCUUCAGUGGCGAACACACAAGCGAGAGAUUUAGUGGGUACGUCCAUGGUGGAUACCUUGCAGGUAUUGAUUCUGGUAAAGCUAUACUUGAUGAUAUUGGUAAAGAUAAGGAAAGAAAAAACGAUCAAAAUCAGACAUUUUUGUUAGAACCACUGUUAGCGUUGACUGGGUCGUUGACUCUGGGGCAGACAGAAACAGUGUCAGGUCCCCACAAAUGUGAAAUUCCUACACAAUUAUAUCUAAGUGGUAACAUUGGGAUCCAAGAAGCGAUAUUAUGACUAGAUGGACCUGUGGUACUCGAUUCUCACUGCUGCUACUUUGAUGAAGUUGAAAAUAUGAUCACUAUGAUGAGAGAUGAUGUCAACAAUAAGGGUUUGGAUCUGAAAUUAUUUUCUAACCCUUGUUAAGUGCCUUUAAUGAGUUGGAUUAAAAAGUCAAGACAGGACAAGACGAGACAAAAGGUGAAGAAAAAAAAAGUGGAGAGGAAAACGUGCGAAAUGAUGCACAUAUUAUCACCACACGGUGUAUAUGAUGAAUAUGAUUGUUGCCAGGAGUAUAUAUAUAUAUAUAUAACUAUAUGAUGAAAAAAAUUAUAUAUAUAUAUAUAUCGAUUGGGUUUGGGGUUGCCUUUUGGAGGUUGGAAAGUUAAUUAUUUUGGGCAUAUUAGCUUUGAUAUUUGAUUAGUUUUAUUGUAACCAUUGAAAUUAUGGAAGGAAAGGGGAUAUAUAGUUGGAUUCUAAUUUGUUCAACCUGAUGAUGCUUAUUAGUGAAAUAAUGAACUAAUUACCUUUGGUAUUAAACUAAAGUAAGUUCUUA